GCAUGGCUAAGCGUGUGGCUGUGAUCUGAGCAGGCAGCUCUGGACUGACCUCCAUCAAAUGCUGCUUGGAUGAAGGGCUGGAGCCUGUGUGUUUUGAGAGCAGUGAUGAUAUUGGGGGACUCUGGAAGUUUAAGGAACAACCAGAGGCAGACCGUUGCAGCAUUUAUCGUUCUGUCAUAGUGAACACCUCCAAAGAGAUGAUGUGCUAUAGCGAUUUCCCAAUGCCGGAUCAUUUCCCCAACUACGUGAACAACUCUACGUUAUUGCAGUACUUCAGACUCUAUGCUGGGCACUUCAACCUGCUCAAACACAUUCACUUUCAGACCACAGUUCGCAGUGUGAGACAAAGGCCUGAUUUCUCUAACUCUGGUCAGUGGGAAGUGGUGACUGUGGACAGAGAUGGACGAGAGGAGACACAUGUGUUUGAUGGUGUGCUAGUGUGUGCAGGACAUUACACACAGCCCAUCAAACCCCUCUCAGACUUCCCAGGUAUUGACACAUUCCCAGGGACAAUAAUUCACAGUUGGGAAUACAAGGACUCCGAUCCUUACUUUGGGAAGAGAGUUGUUGUCGUUGGUAUUGGGAAUUCUGGUGGAGACAUUGCCGUGGAGCUCAGCAGAGUGUGUGAGAAGACAUUCCUGAGUACCCGGAAAGGUGCUUGGGUCAUAGGUCGCGUGGUUGGUAGAGGGCUUCCUCUAGAUAUGACUAUGGUCAGACGAGUUCGAUAUCUGAUUUACGGCCUCCUGCCUCAUGCUCUGGUCAGUUUGAUUUGGGAGAGAAUCCUCAAUCAGAGAUACGACCACAAGCUUUAUGGACUACAGCCUGUGCACAGGAUCCUCGACCAGCAUAUUGUUAUAAACGAUGACCUCCCUGGUCGCAUUCUGUUAGGAGACCUGGCGAUGAAAUCAAAUGUGCAGAAGUUCCAAGGCUCCACGGUUUUCUUUGAUGAUGGGACUGUAGAAGAGAAGAUUGAUGCAAUGAUCUUAUGCACAGGAUAUGAUUAUAAAUUCCCCUUCCUCCCCACCUCCUUAAGCUCUGGCUCUGAUGGAGAUCUGAAACUCUACAGAAGAAUCUUCCCUCCAUCUCUAGAACGCCCAACACUGGCCAUCCUGGGCCUGUUUCAGACCAAAGGGCCAAUCAUGCCAGCUGUAGAACUACAGGCACGCUGGGCCUCCAGGGUCAUUGCAGGACUGAACCAUCUUCCUCCAGCUGAAAAGAUGAAUAAAUCAAUUGAGAAAGACGUUCAAGCGAAUUUAAAGAGUUACCCCUGUCCCAAGCUGGCUGCCCUUCAAGUGGACUACAUUCCUUACAUUGACGCAAUAGCAAAGGAAGUAGGUGUCUGUCCAAACAUUGCUUGGCUGCUCCUGAAGGACCCUGCUGUUGGUUUGAGGGUUUUCUUCGGGCCGUGUUCUCCGUACCAGUUUCGACUGAAUGGACCGGGGCACUGGAGUGGUGCCCGUCAGGCCAUCCUUACCCAGUGGGAUCGUGUGGCCAAACCCAUGAAAACCAGGUCCAUUCCAGAACCUUCGUCCUUCAGUUUAUUUUCUUGGCUGGGCCUGUCAGGAGGGGCUGCAUUGAUUUUUGCUUUUUUGGCAAUGCAAAUUUUCCCACUGUUUCUGAAUAGUGAUUAGAUCCCAUAGAUAUCCCAUACUCCGUUGUUGGGUAGCUCUGUUUUGCGUUUGCAUUUUCACCUAAUUAUUCCUUUAAGGGUUAGUUCACCAAAAAAUGAAAAUUAGUCUCUGUUUUAUUUACUUUCAAAGCAUCCUAGGUGUAUAUGACUUUUUUUCUUUAAGACAAAUCCAAACGGAGUUAUAUAAAAAAUUGUCCUGGCUAAUCAAAGCUCUAUCAUUGCAGUUAGCAAGUGUUGCAUUUGAACAGUCCACAAGUCAUCAAAAAAAGCUCAAGCAUUUAUAAAACGUGCCUCACACGGCUCAGGGGGAUGAAAAGCGAAUCCCCUGUAGCGAAUCCAUGAGUAUUUGUAAGAAAAAUAUCCAUAUUUCAAAUGUAAUAAACACUUUUCUCACUUCCGCUGACUGUCAUACACUGAAGCAGUUCCGGCAGAUGACGAAAGACGUGCGGCGUUGCGUGUUUAGUGACGAAUGCGGAGAGAGAAUGAAACAAAAAAACCCCGGUCACGAAUUAGAAGUACAAACCGAGGAUUUGUAAAGAAAAAUGUCGGAGGUUUUCGAUAUGAACCACUAAGAGAGUGUUUUCCUUUGCUAAAGUAAGGACUUUGCUUCCUUUGCUCCUGUAAUUAAACUCGCGAGACUAGCAUAUCUCAGAGGUGCGUGCGCUGUGCAUACAUGCUGCAUUCAUCCGCCGAACCUGCUUCAGUGUAUGACAGUCAGCAGAAGUGAGAGAAAAGUGUUUAUUACAUUUGAAAUAUGGAUAUUUUUCUUACAAGAAUGGACACAUUGAUUCGGUACAGGAGGCCUUUAUUCAUCCCCCAGCGCCAUCUGCGGCACAUUUUGUAGACGACUUGUGGACUGUUCAACUGCAACACCUGCUGACUGCAAUGUUAGCGCUUGGAAUAGCCAGGACAAUUUUUUAUAUAACUCCCGACUGGAUUCAUCUGAAAGAAGAAAGUCAUAUACUCCUAGGAUGCUUUGAGGGUAAGUAAAACACGGUCUAAUUUUCAUUUUUGGGUAAACUAUCCCUUUAAUCUAAUUUUUGGAGUUCAUUAUCGUUUAUCGUUUAUAAUACUAUAAGAAGUUAUAUUUUAAAUCCUUGUCAAACAUUGUUGUCAGACAAGUGUAUUUUUGUUCUCAUAUCUCAAAACAAGUGUUCUGCCAUAUUUCCAGACAUGAUAAUUACCUUUUUUUUCCUCCUGAAAAAUAGUAAUAUGUUAAUGUUUUGUGAAUAAAACAGUUGUUGGAGUC